AUGGUUCAAUCAAAUGUUAAAAGAGUAUUAGUUCUCGCCUUAGACGCACUCGGUCGCUGUGUUGAAAUUAAUGAAGAAUUAACGAAUUUUUGGAAUUUUUUUACUUUGGGAGCUCGUUCCUUCCGAGUCGAAGCUCUCAAGCCUUCAGCUUACAAUUGGAUUUCUAUGCUUCAUGGGGAUACAAAAUUAUUAUUUGUUCACUUGACCGAUGUUGAUGAAUACGGACAUCAGCAUGAAUUUGGCUCCACGGAUUAUUUAAACCAAGUUAAAGUUAUGGAUUUACAAAUUGGCGAAAUACUAGAGUCU